CAUGAAGAAACCUUGGUAUGCGCGGCCAUGGUGGACCAAGCGAAAGGCUGGAAAGUCGUAGCGGGCGUAGGUAGACGGAUGAGGUUUUUCGUUUUUUGUUGAGAUUUUUUCUUGUUUCACCAAAAAGUGAGAUCUCUUUUCAGUUUUGGUCCCCAAAAUCAGUGUUCCAUCUCACCAAUUAAUCGUGGCAGAGCCUAAAAUCCACUCGUCGCUCAAAAUCUACUGCAAUUAAUCGAUCGACGGUCGAAAACCUAGAAACCGAGAAUCAACAGAAAUGGAGAAUGGCCAAAAGCCUGGGAGGAGCGACGCUCGUCUAUCCAUGGAGGAAGAAGGAGAGAUGGAGGCCAAAACUCGAGAGUACUUCAAUGGCGUCGCACCGAAGCGCCAUACUAAGCCUCAGCGUAGCGAAUUCUCUGCGCAUUAUGUCGACAGUGUAAAUCGCAAGGAUGAUUACAUUCCUGAACUCGCCGUGUUUCAGCGCCUCGAAUCCGAUCCUCGCGAGAGACUUGCUUGUGAUGGUCAAAACGGCAACAUCUCUGAGGAAUUUGUGGAGACGAAGUAUUACGACGAUCUAAAUUACGUAGACAAACAGCACCACACGACAGGAACAGGAUUCAUCAAAACGGAGAAUGGAGAUUGCAAAGGUUUCAAACUCGCAGCAGAUUCUGCAACUGCCACUUGCUGCCAUGCCUCUUGCAGGGGAAAUCCAGCCACCAAUGAAUGGAUUCCGGCCAGUAAUGAUCAGGUAAAAUCUCCAUAAUUUGCAGUAACUGAU